ACAGAAGCAAUCAGCUGUUUACUUGGAAGAAAAACAUAACCUUGAAAUAACUAAACAAAAACAUCUUGACGUCUUGCAUUUGAACUUUUAUGAUAAGGAUAACCGGUUGUUGCUCCAAUUUGUCUGGUGGGGUGUGGUUAGAAAUAAUAAGAUUUGUGAGUGAAGUACAGAGAGUAAAGAAUGCACGAUGCAAUUUUGAAUUCACAUUCCAGUUAGUCAAUAAGUUGAGUUUGUUGUAGAAGGUAGACUUGCUUGUUUUCAAAACACGCUAUUCUAAUUAAAAAAAUAAUUUUAUCAAUAUUUGGUCCCUACUGACGUUUAGUCGAAUCUAUCACUGUUCCGUAAUCACAAAUUGUCUGCAUCAAGUUCAAACUUUAUUUUAUAUCCACUCUUUCAAUCAGUUUGUUUUCUCGUCAAAUAUGUCUACUAGCAAAGGAAAGAUUGGUAUAAUUGGAAGUGGCCUGAUUGGCAGAAGUUGGUCAAUGCUUUUCGCAGCGGCUGGUUACAAUGUGACGCUGUACGACAUUCUUCCCGAACAAAUUGAAACCGCUCUGGUCGACCUCAAAGAGCAGCUCACAAAGCUUGAACAAAAGAAACUGCUACGCGGAACUUUAACUGCGCAACAACAGUACUCACUCAUUACAGCCACAACCAACCUGGCAGACUGUGUAAAAGACGCCGUCUACAUACAGGAAUGUGUGCCCGAAAAUAUCGAGCUGAAGAAAACAGUUUUCAAAAAUUUGGAUGCAGUAGUGGACUCGAAGUGUGUUCUGGCAAGUUCCACCUCAACAUUUGUUCCGUCGCUGUUUUCUGCUGACCUUGCACAUAAGGCUCAGGUCAUCGUCGCUCAUCCUGUAAACCCACCUUAUUACGUACCUUUAGUUGAGAUAGUUCCAGCACCUUGGACCACUACAGAAGUGACAGAGUUCACGAGAAAAAUCAUGGAGGACAUAGGCCAGGCACCGGUUACUCUCACUAAAGAAAUCGAAGGAUUUGCACUCAAUCGCAUUCAGUAUGCAAUUCUGAACGAAUCGUGGAAUCUAGUGAAGGAUGGUAUAUUGAGUGUGGCAGAUAUUGAUAAGGUGAUGUCAGCUGGAUUGGGCAUGAGAUACGCAUUUCUGGGACCAUUAGAAACCGCUCAUCUCAAUGCUGAAGGCAUGGAAAACUACUGUGAGCGCUACUCGAAAACUAUCUACUCGACAAGCAUGUCGUUCCAGCCGGUGCCGAAGAUGGAGGGCCCAGUUAUGAAGGAGGUGUCGCGUCAGCUCAACGAGAUGACGCCUUUGGAUCAGUUGCCGGCCCGGCGGGCCUGGAGGGACAACUGUCUCACCAAACUGUCGCAACUCAAACACGAUUUGGACUCGAAAUAAACUGGAUCAAUUUACAGAGUGGCCCACGAAAGGUAUGUAAAUUUAUUGUAACUAUCACAUAUUAUAACAGAAAAUACAGGUGUAACAGCCGAAGAUCGUAGAUUCUACAUUAAAUUUGCAACAAAAAAUGUACUGUAUUUAUUGUUUUCGACAUAGCAUAUAUUUCUGAAAAAUUAACUAGUAAGCUAUUAGUCAAAAUCUAAUUCUAGAGAUAUGGUUGUGUUGUAAAUGUGCUUUUGUAAUUAACACUUUAUUCAUUGAAAGUUUACAUUGAACAAGAGUAAAAAUAAAAAUACAACAUCAUCUUUUAACAUCUCUCAUAAAACUCCAAUUAGUUAUUUUCUUGUAAAUGUUCGUUGCUAAAACAGACACCUUGGCAACCGGGUUCACAUGAUUAGUAUCCAUG